UUCAUAUGUGAGACUUCUCAUUAGGGACUUCAGCUUUAGCCUGGGUAUGUCCACAGCCUUAGCUAAAGUGUUUAUCAGUCUCAUAAAUUUCGACGUUUUGGUUUUCUUCUAGGAAGUACAUUAAUUACCAUGAAAACUCGACUUCUUUGCCGCCGAUUUUCCUCAACGCCAUGGAUUUCUCCUCUGCAAUUCGUAUCGGGUUCGCAGGGCGCAUCAAAAUCUCAGAAUUUGGAGCCUCGCAGGGCAGAAAAUAAUGUUCAACUGUCUAGAAAACCUCGAUAUGUUCGACACGUUGACGUUGUUAAUUCAAUAUUGGCAGAACCAGACCUUCAAAGAUCCCUCAACAUCUUCAACAGCGCCGCAAAACAGACGGGAUUUUACCACAACCACGCAACAUACAAUGUUAUUAUCAACAAACUUGGCCGCGAGAAAAAAUUCAAAGCGGUCGAAAAACUUAUGCAGCAAAUGUCAAUCCACGGCUGUAGAGUCUACGAGGGCCUUUUUAUCAAUUUAAUGAAGCUUUAUUGCAUGGCCGCAAUGCCGGAAAAAUCAAUCGAGACGUUCUACAGUAUUAAGGAUUUUAACUGCAAACCCUCGAUGAAGGCUUUGGGUACUCUGUUUAACCUGUUGGUUGAAGGGGGCCAUCUAGAUUUGGCCGAGGAAGUCUUUGCGGGUAUGGAAAAUAUGAGGUUGGUUCCCAAUGCUUGUAUUUUUAACACUUUUAUGAAAUUUCAUUGCAAGCAUGGGAAUAUUGAUAAGGCGUUUGAGAUUUUGGAUAGAAUGGAGAAGACCAUGUGUGCUCCUAAUGUUAUUACUUAUUCUACUUUGAUGGGUGGCCUUUGCCGGGUGGGGAAGUUAAAGGAAGCUUUUAGGGUUUUUGAGGAAAUGUUGGAGAAGGGAAUUGACGCCGAUGCUCAGGCUUAUGAUGUUUUAAUUAAUGGGUUUUGUGGGAAAGGGGAUGUCAAUGGGGCUAAGAAGAUUUUUGAUUUCAUGAAGAGGAAUGGGUGUAAACCUAAUUUGGUGAAUUUUACAUCUGUUAUGAAGGGGCUGUGCCAGGAUGGGAGGUUAGAGGAGGCUUCUGAGAUUUUUGAUGAAAUGAAAGCUGCCAAUUGCUCGCCUGAUGCAGUGUCUUAUACGAUUUUGAUUGAUGGUUUUUGCAAAGCGGGUAGGCUUGAGGAAGGCAAGAGAAUGUUGGUGAAAAUGAGGGAAGGCGGGUGCAUGCCAGAUUAUGUUACUUAUAAUAUACUGAUUGGAGGGUUCUGUAGGGCUUGUAAAUUUGAGGAGGCUUUCACGGUCCUAGAUGAGAUGUCAUCUUGUGGAUGUACUCCAAAUAAGGCAACCUAUAGGAUUAUUCUUGAUUAUCUCUGUAAGCAAGGGGAACUCAAGAAAGGUCUGGAGGUUCUGGAAGAGAUGUUCAAGAGAGGCUUCAUGCCUCAUUUUGAUACCUCAAAUGCAUUGCUUGAUGGUCUUGCAAAUGCAGGCAGAGUGUACGACCUGACAGAGACACUUACUAGUUUAGUAGACAGAGGUUUUGCUCCUGCUGAAGGUACUUGGAAUUGCCUCAUAAUGUCUGUUUGUAAAGAGAGGAAGUUACUCAAGGUCCCUGAAAUGCUUCAGAGAAUAUUGGAAGAAGAGCGUUGAUUUUGCUUUUCCAGUGAAAUGCACUAUUCUGCGCUGCUUGUCAGGCUAUGAUUUCUGGGUUUGGCUACUACUUGAUUAUAAUGCCUUUUUCAGCAGCAGGAUGGAAGGCCUUUUCUUGCACACCAUUACAUGAAUUUAUUGAUCUAAACUCCAUUGUAGAUUGGUGAGUGACCUGGAUACUUAGAAUGGGCUUUGUAAACGAUGCCUAAGUAUACAGGUCAAGCAGGUCAGACAUGCUCGUAGUUGACCAUUCCCGAAAUCGUUAUGCUAAUUAUAAAAUUGAAGUAUUGGCAUAUUUGAAUGUGGUCAACGGUUCCCGAGAGCAAAAUUUUAACCAUGAUCAAUUUUAACAAUGGGGAUAUUUGUUUGCAUUUCUAGAAGCAAGAAUGGGUAUCAAAGUUUCUCUAAGUGCUAAAAUGCGAAAUCCGUAAGAGAUUUCAAUUUCAAGGGAGCAUGGAUCAUCUGGGCGUCUGUAAACUACUCAACCUGCAUCUUGUUGCAAGCUUAAGUUUUCUGUUGUUUCUGCAUCUCUUAGCAGGUGUCAAUUCUCUAUUACCACCAUACCUGAUGUUAUAUGAUGCAGUUGCUAUGGUUUCUCAAAUGAAUUUCAGCCUAUAUAAUGCCACAUCUGCUAAAUAUGAAUAUGGGUCAAUAUUUUUGUGAAAUGAUUUCUUUUUCAAUGUCAAAGUUUCAGAACUUAGUAACAUGAUUUUACAGGCUAACUUUGUAACAGGUUCGAAGAUACACUUCUUUAGGGUGUAUUUUCUUGCAAUCCUAGGACCUAUUCAGAAACUUUUCAAAUAUGGAUGUGGCUAGGACCUAUGUUUGAAAAUGGCCUCUUGGAGCUAAGGACCGAUUUCACCAUUAAAAGGACACGCUUGGAUUGGUCACAAAAAUUGAACACCCCAAAGUUCAUAUUAUAUAUUCCCGGUUUGAAAAAAAUAUCCUCUUUGGAUGGCUUUCUCUUUAGUUUCCAAUUACCAUCUUUAGCCAUAUAAUAUAUAAUCAUUUAUAAAACUUAGACGUUCCUGAUUGAGUAUGCAACAUGAUUCUUGUCAACUGUUCAAUCUCUUAUGUUUUUGCCGUAGCUUCUGUCCCUUUACAGCUCCGACUCAGUUGAAUUUCACUUUCACUUCCAAUAGUCAGGUUAGCGUUCAUGUUCCUAAGAAUUGUGGUUGAUCAUUAUCUGAAGCAUUCCUCGGGUUGAGGAAUGAUGGGAGGGUAAUCUGAAUUCUGGAUGAUUGACAGUGGGAGGAAAUCUUACUUGGGUGAUGAUGAGAUUGACUCUUUUAGAUUUAUCUAUUACCUUUCAGGUUUCAGUUUUAGAUUUUAUCUAAAGGUUUGCUUCUUUUUAAUUUGGUUUUUUUAGCUUCAAUUUGCAAUUAGAUACUCCCAUUGUACAUAUAUUUAUUGUUGUUUAUAACCAGGGAGGCGGAUUCCAAUUGCCAAUGGCAACAUUGGAAUCCGCUUUAGG